UUGAGCUCCAUUUAUAGACAUACUGUACUGAGGGAGAGAGUGUGUGUCAAUGUGAGAGCACAUGUGCCAGUGAAUACAGCUGCCACAUGGAUAAGACACUUUAAAUCUACAAGGCAAAGAAAGUAACAAAGAAAGAUUAAACUUGAAACAGAAUCUAGAACUUUUUCCUAUUGGGGAACAAACAGCUGAAAACCGAUCGUGUUGAAUCCUCACUAUAUUGACACACAUUAUCUCGUGGAGGAACUCAACUUAUAAACUGUCAUGGCUCCCAGCUUGGCCCAGGCGUACAGGAGAAGGUGGUGGAUGGCCAUCACAGCCAUUGUAGAGAACCUGCUCUUCUCUGCGGUUUUGCUGGGCUGGGGCUCACUGCUCAUCAUGCUAAAGAACGAAGGCUUCUAUUCCCACAUCUGUAUUGAAAAUGAGACUGUCUACGCCAACGUGACUUCAAUCGAGAGUGUGGAGUGGCAAAGUUGUGUGGAGCAGGAAGAGAUAUUGAACCUUGGCUUUACCAUUGGCUCGUUCCUCUUGAGUGCAGCAACUUUACCCCUAGGGAUCCUGAUGGACAAAUUUGGGCCACGCCCACUAAGGCUCAUUGGCAGUUCAUGUUUUGCAGCCUCCUGUGCAAUGAUAGCUGCUGCUGCAUAUGACCCUGGAGUGUUGUCUGGCCUUAUCUUCCUCGCUGUCUCCUUUAAUGGCUUUGGAGGAAUCUGCCUGACCUUCACCUCACUUACGCUGCCUAACAUGUUUGGGAAUGUACGAUCAACCAUCCUCUCCCUGAUGAUUGGUUCUUAUGCUUCUUCAGCGGUCACCUUCCCUGGUGUCAAGUUGAUUUAUGACCUAGGCGUGUCGUUCCGCGUCAUCAUGUGGGUUUGGUCUGGUAUGGCCUGCAUGGUCUUCAUCAACUGCUUCCUAAACUGGCCUGGUGAAUCCUUCCCUGCACCUGAAGACGUCAGAUACACUAAAAAGGUAAAACUUAGUGGAGUUGUGACAGAGGACAAGAUGACAGGGGACAGGUAUAUCACCCAUGUGACUGUCAUGGAAGACAUGAUGGGACCUAAGCAGCCAGAACCCCAGCAAACAGACUCCCCAACCAUAACCCAGGACUCAGUGCCACUCUGUCAUUCCGUGUGCACUCCCAUCUUUCUGUGGAGUAUCAUCACCAUGGCAAUGACCCAGCUGAGGUUGAUCUUCUUUAUGGGUGCAAUGAACAAGAUGCUGGAGUUCCUGGUCACCUACGGCGACCCCAAUCCUUCUGAAGAGCUGCAGUUGGAGGUGGAGGAACAAGUUGGUUUCUACUCAUCUAUCUUUGGUACAAUGCAGCUGUUGUGUCUACUUACAUGUCCUAUGAUUGGCUACAUAAUGGACUGGAGGUUGAAGGAGUGUGAAGAAGAAAAUGCAAUCACACUAACAGAGCAGAGCCUAUCAGAUCCUCCAAAGAGAGAUAGAAAGAUCCAGAAACUGACCAAUGCCAUGAGAGCUUUUACCUUCACCAACCUCCUAUUGGUCACCUUCGGAAUAAUUUCAAUGAUUGACAACCUGCCCAUACAGGUGGUGUCAUUUGUUCUGCAUACCAUAGUGAGAGGAUUUAUUCACUCCUGCUGUGGAGGUCUCUAUGCUGCUGUGUACCCAGCCAACCACUUUGGAACAUUGACAGGCAUGCAGUCAAUGAUCAGUGCUGCUUUCGCUUUGCUUCAACAGCCAUUGUUCAUACUGAUGGUGGGACACCUCAGUGGAGAUCCUUACUGGAUCAAUUUGGGCCUUCUCAUCUGCUCCCUGGCUGGCUUCCUGUUGCCAGGCUAUCUGUUCUAUCAUCGUAGAAACCUGAUCAGGGCGAAAGCUGAGCGUGAUAGGUUGGCCGCCAGCCAAUCUAACAAAGAGAAUGCUCCUCUAACACAUUCAGAUAGGGGAACUGCUAAUAGCCAAGCCAAUGGGCAUGCAGCUAUUGAUUACACACAAAAUGGGCAUACUAUUCAAGAUGAUUGAUCAAACAAUUUUUCAUGAUUACUGUUUACUCCAUAUUGAACCAUUAACUAUGACAUCUAGCAACAAAAAAACAAUACACGGUUCAAACAUAUUGAGCAUUAGUAUCACAUCACAGCAACGUUUAAUACUCUUUGACCUUUCUCUAAUUCCAUUUACAAUGAUAUGUUAACGUUCACAACAUGAAUUUUAGUUAGUCUAGUUUACAUGCUGUGUAUUGGGAUUUCCUUUCCCCACAAACAUGAGACUAUGUAAGAAAUAGACAUUCUUACUCUACAAAUGGAAAGUUGAAUUCAUAAAUAUUGAAACAUACGUUUGCUCCAUUUAAUACGUUCAGUUGUUUUGCUUCUCCCGCCUCACUUGAUCCACUAAGACCAGUAGCUUUGGCUUGCCAAAUGUUAGCUAGUGUCCCAGACUUUUGCUGGAUAUUGCUUUAUAAUCAGUAAGCCUCUUACUUGACUUUAUCACUCUUCUCCAAGUGCGAUUAUUUUGCUAUUGACUCUCAUGGUAAUAGUGGCUACCAUUUCCCAAGAAUACAGUCUAGCUUUAAGUUGUGAUGUUAAGAUAAUGGACCUAAACAUAAG